CUGGACGGCGCGCGGGGCGUGUGUCAAAGUGACACGCACUCAUCGCGAUAGGAGAGUUUCUUUUAUGGAAAAUCAAUAGGAUUCAAGGGAAGACUGAGGAUAAAUGUGUGGCUGAGCAAUGGGGAGUGAACAGUCCCUGCUGAAGGGCCUGGAGAUCGAGGAGAAGGCAACGGAAGUGUCUGACUUCUGGUCAGUGUUCGCUGGUGAGCUGAAGACAGACACCAGAACUUCGCUCCUCACCAUAUUCCAGGGCGAGUCCGUCAUCAGCACGAACCAGUUCUGGGACAAGAAGAAUCCCCUCGAGAAGGCGAUAAAGAAUCUUAUGCUGUUCCGACAUCCGUCUAUCCUGAAGUAUGUCUCGUCGUGGGAGCGCGGAUCCACAAAGUAUCUGGCCACUGAGCGGUGCAAGCCGCUGUCACUGCUCAUCAAGACACAGAAUUCACUCGAGAUCUGUCUGGGGCUGAGGAAUAUCCUCAAUGCCCUGAUAUUCCUGGUGGAGCACGGGAAGACGAGGCAUCUCAAUAUCUGCUUCUCCUCCGUGUACAUCACGCACGAGGGCGUGUGGAAGCUGUCCGGCUUCGAGUACCUCUGGCCAUCGGCAGAGUUGACCAGGCCGAUCCUGGAGCUGUCGUUGCCCAACAGAUACUCCAAUGCCGUGGACAAGCGCGAGCUGGAGCACAGCGGCCUGGGAAUCGAGCAGUACGGCUUCGCCACGCUGUGCAAGGAGAUCUUCGAGUUGACAUCACAGGAGAAGAGUUCUCCGUUCCACGAGGACUUUCAGCAGUACUGUACGAAUCACCUGCAGCACACGAAUCCCUCCCUGCGCCCUGAGCUGUCGGCCGUCCUGCUUCAUCCCUAUUUCAACCACGACUUCGUGCUGAUCCACUCAUUCCUCAGCGAGGUGCCGCUCAAGGACUCUGCGGAGAAGCAGCAGUUCUUCACGGACCUCGUGGACAAGCUCAGAACCUUCGACGAGACGGACGUGGCCAUCCACUUGGGAGACUUCCUGCUCUCGCGCCUCGUUCUGCUCGAUCCCACCGCGCAGAUCUGCGUCACGCCCUUCGUUCUGGAUCCUAAGUGUGACGACAUCGUGCCGGGCGUGUUCAGCACCGGGACGUUCGUGAAGUUCAUCAUUCCCAAGCUGAAGCAGGUCUUUUGCGUGCACGACGUGCAAAUCCGACUGAUUCUGCUCGAGCACUUCCACAAGUUCAUGUCGCUGUUCUCCGAGGAGGACCUGACUGGGCUGAUCCUGCCGCAGCUGCUGCUGGGAAUCAAGGACACCAACGACAUCCUGGUCUCCAUGACGCUGCGCUGCCUGGCGGACUUGGUGGCCAUUCUGGGCGCGACAGUUGUCGUCGGCAAGAAUCGCAGUAGGCUGUUCGCCGACGGGCGUCCCCAGCGCGUCCCCGAGGCGCCGAUGCACCACUGGGGUGAGCCACGGUCCAUAUCGCCAGUGAUCGAGUCGGCGGGCCAGUUCUCCUCCCACAACAUGGUCAUCCGGGAUCACAGAGCGUCCUUCGCCGACAUCAGCAAUGAAAAUCUCCUGUCCGAGAGACUCUCGCCGGACGGCGGCGAAGCCGGCGAGCUGAGGGACAAGGAUGACGAUCAGUGGAGUGAUUGGGAUGCGGAAAAUGCCAAAACUCCAGAUCCACCCGCAGAAGCUGACCAGGACGACGGCAUAUCCGCACCAACUGCACAAGAGGAUGAGAUCCAGAGGCUGGACAUGAGGAUAAUGCCAAAGAAGAAGGCCAGCGUCGAGGAGGAAGUGGAUUUCUUCAAGGACAUGGAACCAGUGAUCGCGAAGACGCAGGUCCUCGUCAUUGGCGAGGAGGUGGCCAAGAGCGGCGCAUCCCAAGUCAGUCGCUUGCAGGCCAAUUUGAGUGAGAACGCCACUGAGGAGGGCUGGGAUGAGAGUGAUUGGGAAUAGGCUGUAAAGGUAGAACAAUUAAAGAUUU